UAUGUGUCAAACUCAAGGGUCAGAUGUCUCUAUGAUAGGUACUACAAAAUGGAACUGGACCUACUGAAGAUCCGACACCGUGUUCCCGAGAACGCCAGUUUGUUUAAAGUUCCAUCCCGGUACCGCUUGGCGAUAGAACUCUUCGUCAACUUCCUUCACGUUCCUCCCAUACUGCAUAUUUACGUGCCACCAGAACUGCAGCUCAUCGUGUUGUUGAGAUUUUAUCACCUGUUCCGAUUCCUAAAGAACCACAACACCAUUGCGAAGUCCGCGUCCAUUCGUCUGCUGGUGUCCUUCAUGCAGAAGGAUCUAAGUGACGCCUUUCAGUUCAAGUCGUUCUUCAUGAAGCACCCGUUUUCGAUCAUCUUCACGCUGUACCUGUUCGACGCGUUCGUGAUUGGAUACGUGGUGUUUGUCCUGGACAGAGCUUCUGGCAUGUACAGGAGUUACUCGGAUGUCGCAUGGUUAAUGGUAGUUACGAUGACGUCGCUCGGCUUCGGUGAUAUCGUCCCGAACAGCGUGGGCGGGCGCGUGUUCAUCAGCCUCUCGUCCAUCUACGGCAUCCUUCUCAUGGCGCUGGUCAUCGGGAUUGUGCAACAGCUGCUUACUCUUACCGAUGAUGAGAGACGGGUUCUGGCGUACGACGAAUUUAACAAAUUCACCAAGAACAGAAAGUCCGGAGCAGCCCGCUGUAUCCAGGCUGUGUGGCGUAUCUACAACUGUAAGAAGUACGGCAGGUACAGGGGCAUUGCUGAGAACGAGUCGGCUCAACGCCUGCGUUUCAAGCUGCUACUCCACCAGCUGUACGUCGCACUUAAUGACUGGCGGCAGAUGAGUAGGUUAGACAUCGAUCAUCGGCUGCGGGAAUCCAUGGCGGAGAGUUUGAACACAACGAUGACUAACGUGGACCGGAAGGUGGAAACUCUGGAUGCGAAACUGGCUAAACGGCGGAGAUCAUCCCUAACACACGAUGGACUCCCUCAACAGCACCACAAGACUCCCCUGGCCAAGUCGCCGUCCAUACCCGAGCAUCCUUCCACGCCGUUCCAUGCUUCUUCAUCCUCACCACUGCCGCCCAUCGCUGGCAGACUCCCCCCGAUAUCUGCCGGUCCAGCCGUCGGGCAUAUGUCUCUUCCCCCGAUCCAGCCCUCUGCGUCAGGCCCGGCACCUGUCAUCCCAGAGGAGCAGGCCAUUGAAUCCAUACUUAAGCAUGUGGAGCGGUUGGAGCAACGGACGAAGAAGUUCUUUGACAAUGUCAUGGAAGAGACGGCUUCCAUUCGGUUGCUGACUAUCUCAGCGAUGAACCACAUGAGCUCCAAGUCCCGCCGGGAGAAGGACGGCCUGCCCCAGCUGAGCCUACCCUCACUGGUAGAGGUGGCAGAAGACAGCUAGACAACAACGUUGCUUGGAAUCCACUUAUCAAAGCCUUAUCUGCUUUCUUUUAUGGCAUAUUUUGUGUUGAAAAUUUAAUUAACGUCUUUGAUAGUCAAUUGCGUGUUUGCUCAUAGAAGAUGUUGUUCUAACUGAUAAAAUAGAGGAAGAAGGAUGUAGUUCAUCGAGCGCCAAACCAUAAUGUCUUCAGCCUGACAAGCGGACUUGUCCUUGGUGCUGAAACUGCUGUACACCUAGUCGUGAAUUUAAUACACUCGUUUGUGUUGGACACAAAUGUUCUUGAACCACAUCUGUGACCCCGUUACUAUGUCCUUACAACUGAUUUUUCUCUCUUCACAUACAAAUGGCCAUAAUGACUUGAUUUUGUGGAUGGCUUCCACCGGACAUCCUCAGAUAUGAGAAAAAAGUCUUGAUUUCUUACAUCUAAGUGAUGACGAAGGCUAUAGGCUAUGAAUUAAUUGAACACUCCAAACAGUUAAUUACUUGUCAUGUGUUGUUAUUGUUUAGGCAACAAUUCCCAGAUGUGAUAUUAGCUUAGGUAACAACAGUAGUUUGAUAUACAUGGUUCACUCCACAAAAAGCAACUAUUACUAGAUUUGACCGCUAUCUAUCAUACCAGUUUUGUAAAGUGUAUGUAGUUGCCUUUAGCCACU